CCUAGUCUGUCAACUCCGGCUCAGAAGGCGGAACAGCUCUUGCUGGAGUCCCGGGAGUUGCGUUACGGCAGAAGGACGCUUUGGAGUCUUCACCUGGUGGGGGGGGACGUUCCUGAAAGCAGGCGGUGCUGACUGGUCCUCGUGGGUCAUGGGCCGGUCAGACGGACCGGCCAGUCCUCUUCAGGUGCCGACCAUGUUGCUGAUGCUUUUGGUUGUGUAUCUGCUCUCCCAUGGAGCCUGCGGCCUUCCUCAGCCUCAGCCUCGCGUCUUCCUCUCCUUUGACGAGCUGCAGGCCGUGGCCUCCUUCGAGCACUACACGCUGUCCGACAAGGCCAUGGACUACAGGAUCCUGCACGUGGACGAGGACCAGGACAGGAUGUACAUGGGCUGCAAGGACCACGUGCUUUCCAUGGACAUCAACAACAUCACGCACGCCGCACUUAAGGUGUUUUGGCCCGCAUCUACCAGCAAGAUCGAGGAGUGCCAAAUGGCGGGCAAAGACCCCACGCACGGCUGCGGCAACUUCGUGCGGGUGGUGCAGCCGUACAACCGAACACACCUGUUCAUGUGCGGCAGCGGCGCCUACAGCCCCGUGUGCGUCUACGUCAACAGGGGGCGCCGACCCGAGGAACAAAUAUUUCACAUCGACUCCCGGCCCGAGUCCGGAAAAGGGAGGUGCUCCUUUAACCCGCAAGUCAACACCGUCUCCAUCAUGCUCAAUCAGGAGCUCUUCUCCGGAAUGUACAUCGACUUCAUGGGCACGGACGCCGCCAUCUUCAGGAGCCUCACCAAGAGGAACGCCGUGCGCACCGACCAGCACAAUUCGAAGUGGCUUAGCGAACCAAUCUUCAUCGACGCUCACCUCAUCCCGGACGGCACCGACCCCAACGACUCCAAGCUGUACUUCUUCUUCCGGGAGAGGCUGACGGACAACAGCGGGAACACCAAGAACAUCCAUACGAUGGUAGCCCGAGUGUGUCCGAGCGACAUCGGAGGACAGCGUAGUCUGGUCAACAAAUGGACCACCUUCCUCAAGGCCAGGAUGGUGUGUUCCGUCCUGGAGGAGGACGGCACAGAGACUCACUUUGAUGAACUGGAAAGUGUGUUUUUGCUGGAAAGCGAACAUCCCAAAGGCCUGUUGCUGUUCGGAGUCUUCACAUCCACAAGCUCUGUCUUCAAAGGCUCGGCGGUGUGUGUGUAUAACAUGGCCGACGUCCUCACCGUCUUCAACGGGCCCUUCGCUCACAGAGACGGACCCAACUUCCAGUGGGUGGCCUUCCAGGGACGCAUCCCCUACCCCAGGCCUGGAACUUGUCCUGGCGGCGCCUUCACGCCGGACAUCCGCACCACCAAAGAGUUCCCGGAUGACGUGGUCAACUUCGUCCGCAACCACCCGGUCAUGUUCAACGCCGUCUAUCCCGUCGGGAGGAGACCUCUGGUGGUCCGCACGGGGGCCGACUACAAGUACACGUCUGUGGCCGUGGACCAGGUGGCGGCGGCGGAUGGAAACUACCAAGUCCUGUUCUUGGGCACGGACAAAGGUACCGUCCAGAAGGUGAUCGCCCUGCCCACCAACCACUCCCUGCAUGAGGAUCUCAUUCUGGAGGAGCUGGAAGUCUUUAAGAGCCAAGCUCCAGUUACAAACUUGAGGAUCUCAUCUAAAAAACAACAGCUGUACGUCAGCUCGGAGUUGGGGGUCUCGCAGGUCUCGCUGCACCGCUGUCACGCCUACGGCUCGGCCUGCGCCGACUGCUGCCUGGCCAGAGACCCUUACUGCGCCUGGGACGGACUCAGCUGCUCCCGCUUCUACCCCACCGGGAAAAGGAGGAGCAGGAGGCAGGACGUCAUGCAUGGAAAUCCUCUCACUCAGUGCCGAGGAUUCAAUCUGAAAGCCUACAGGAAUGCAGCGGAGAUGACGCAGUACGCCGUCAAAAACAACACCACCUUCCUGGAGUGCCUCCCCAAGGCCCCCCAGGCCUCCAUCCGCUGGCUCAUCCACAGGGACAACGACAGGAGGAAAGAGGUGAAGCUGAGCGAGCGCGUCCUCUCCACCGACCACGGCCUCCUGGUCCGCUCGGCCCAGCCCUCCGACCAGGGCCUGUACUACUGCCUGACCACCGAGAACGGCUUCAAGCGCACCGUGGCCAAGAUCCGCCUGCGUGUGCUGAGCGAGGCCAUGGUGAGCGUGCUCGCGGACAAGAAGCAGGCGCCGUGGGCCCGAUCCGGCUCCUUGCACCCCAAGGCGCUGCUGGAGGCCUUCAGCCCCGCAGAGAGCCUGGCCAUGCAGCAGUACUGCAAGGAGAGGAAGGAGCUCCAGCAGACGCAGCCGCCCCCGGGGCCCCUCAGGGGGGACUUAGCCAAGCUCAAGCCCCUGCUGGAUCGCAGGAAGAGCCGCAACCGUCGCAAUCACCUCCCGGAGGAGUGAGGCGGUACACUGUGGACGCUGAGACGAGGAUGAUGCUCCUCUACCAAAUAGAAGUCACUUUGGACACACGUGGGCGUGACUUUCACAAGACAGUAGAUUGUAGCUGUGGCCAGUGUGCAUCUUCUGGGACAAAAGGGAGACGCAUAAAGGGAAACGUGGAUGCAUGAACAUUGGCCACGUUGUAAAAUCUCCUGUAUUUAUUCCUGCCUGAUCAAAGUGUAAUGUCCCAACUCCCCCACUAGGUAGUGCAAGUGAGUGUGUGAAUAUGUUGUGUAGAUAAGUGGUGUGUACAGGUAUUUAAUGUUUAGUGUAAAUAACUUCACUGACUUACUACGACUGCAUCUGCAACUCGCAGAGACUAGCCUGACGACACGCCAUUUUUACAACAGCGCACGUUGAAUAAAACUGUACGACCAGCAGCGACUUAAGCGGACAUUUCUAUUUAUUUCUGAAAAGUUACCUGUUAAUGUCAUUUUUUUGUGCAUGAAAGCAUGAAACUGCCCAAAUGUGUGUUUGCUAGUGUGCUAAACCCAGCUUCCAUUACCAGGCUCAACUUUUUUUUUGGUAGAUUUAACUGCAGGUAGUUUGUGCACACCUGGAGGCAAGAAGGACUGGAACAAAUUAGGAUUUGUUCAUUUGUCCUAAUGAAAUAUGAUGACAUUACUACUAGCACAUCACUACUAUCAGGAGAACCAGAGUAUAGAGGGGGAGGAGCCACCUGCUGUGGCCCAGUAAGGUGCACUAUAUUUGGGCACACGCUCCGAGCAGCCGGUGUGACGCCUCGGAGGUCUCUGGCAGAGCUUUUGCACUUUUCAAACACAGCAGGAGAGCGCUUGAUUGGCUCACCUGCACAUUACAUGUAACCUCACCUCAUUGGAGCUUUUUUUUCUUUAAUUAUCGGUUAUCGGAGUUGUUUUUAAUGUUAUCGUCCCGACAAUUAUCGCAUAUGAAAACAAAGAUCCUUCAAGUGAAAUACAGUAGAUUCACAAUUUCCGUGAGGGUUACUAUCGGGGACCACCAAGGAAUGGCGAGUAAUUGACACGCCAAAAAAAAUGUAUAUUGUUGGCAAACUUCCAAACCGUCCUGCUAGCUUGACUUUGCUGUUCUCCUCCAUUUUCACAUCAACAUUUGCAAUAAAAGUGAAAAACGUCCUUUCCUCUGAGUAAAAACAACAAAUUUUGACCAAAAAUAUGCAAAUCUGAAUGCUGAAUCACAAAUGUGAUUCACUGGGAUCCACUGUUUUGUUAUUUUAGGAAAACAUUUGCCAUACACUAAUCCCUCCUUUAAAGCGGUUCAGUGGUUCCAGACCGACCAUGAUGACUGAAUUUGUCAACAAUUUAAUUCCUUCAUUAUAAAUCAUAUAUUUUUGUCAUCAGAGCACUUCUAAAUAUGCUUUUUAACAUGAUUAGAGCCCUCUAGACAUGAAAUAACACCCCUAUACAGUAGUACCUCGCAUAACGUAAACCUCCUUUUACGUAAAUUCCACUGAACGUAAAGAAUUUAUGUCAAUUUUAAGGAAUUAAUUAAUUAAUUUAAGGAAUUCCAUAUAACGUAAAGCGUCAAGUCCGUGCAAGCGACAGAGAGACUAACAGAGUAUACUUGGUGACGCCUUCUGGCUUCACGCUCUCAUUGGCUGAUUAUCGGGGCACCGCCUAGGCUCUCAUCUCAUUGGCUGACUUAUCCAGCGCGUCCGUGUUUGUAUGCGAGCUCCCUUCCUCAUCGUAGUCGCCCCUAAACUAGUUUGCACGCAUUGAAAUCUCUUCUUAAUUUGUUUACUUUUCGUUAAGCAGGAAAUGAUCCAGAAGCAUGACGGUGGUAUGAAGUUAAGUGAUGUUGCUACAAGUAGACUCUACGGCCGUUCCCCAUCCACCAUUAUACCUUACUUACCUUAUUUUAUAUUGGAAUGUUACUCUACUAUGUUUAUGCUGUUUUCUUAUAUUUUCCCAUCAUAUUUGGUGGACUUUGAAUAUUUUGAAGGCCCAAAGGUGUGCGUUUGGGAAGAUCUUGGAACGGAUUAGGCUAUUUACAUGUAUUUUACGCUUCCUAUAACAUAGAAACACUAUAACAUAAAGGUUCUUGGAACGGAUUAUUUACGUUGUAGGGGUGUCUACUGUAGUCACCUUCACACUCCUAUUACCCAAUAUAGUAGACAUAAUAAGAGAACAUAAGACAUAAUAUAGUCACAUAUGUUAGCCUUGGGAGUGUUCUUUGUUGCUGUUUCUUUUUUUUUACUUCCUGUUUCUGUACAGUACUUCCUGCAGUGGCUGUUGUGGCAUCAAUGUAACAUUACUGACACCUAGUGACCAGUGUAGAAUACUACAUGCAUCUUCUGAAUACCUUAUAUUUGUAGUGUACUUCUUUUUGACAUUUCUAUGCUGAAAAAUGUUUAAUCUAGGCAAAAAAAUGUAAAAUGAGCAAAAAUAUGCGUUUAUUUUUACUAAUAAUAGGCAGUAGUGAACCACGACAGAGAGUGAAGGCGGCGAGGGGUUGCUGUAUGUUAUAUCGUGUUUGUUCAACGCGAGAAUGGCUGCUGAGCACAUUUAACAGU